AUUGUAUCGUGUUUCACCGAUUCUCCGGACGUUUUCGUGCGGUUUCUUCUUGUGCACCGUAAUUAGGAACACGAAAAGGUUCUCGCACUGUGUUCGGUGCGUACAACUUCGUGUACUCGUUCGCUGACACGUUUCCGUUCGCGUGUGUCCAGUGUGCUGAUGUGUGUGAAUUGCAACGGCGAAAGCGUUGCCUGAGAUUACUACGAGGACGUUCCCCCUAGUCGAUUAACUGUUAGGUGGCUUGCGCUUAAUCCUCGUAGUUUGUGUACACGUACGAGCUUAUGGUUCCAUUAUUCGGCCAGUCAAGAUAAGAGAUAGCCCUGCGACAGGUGUCAGUGUCCUCGGAUCGUGCGACCCUAGUUAGGCUUCCAAUAGAGUCACGUUAGGCCUGGCACGAGACUAGGUCGAAUCUGGGAUAUAUCCAACACAUGGGUAAGCAGUGUUACUGUGAUGAUUAAUAGUCUGACUGGAGGAGACGGGUGUAAUAGGAAAAAUGAUUAACGAAUUCAUGAGAGUCGAGACGGUCUGGAAAGCUUCGUAGGAGCCUGCACUGGAACUUCGGCUGCAAAACGUGUCAUCGAGGCGUGAGCGUCUACGCGGGUAACAGUUUUCCGGCUCGAUUCCCAAAACUUUCACGGUUAUUCGCCUGAACCCGAUGACUUCGUGAGAGAUUGUCUUCUGGUAUAGAAAACGAGAGCUGAUGAAUAGCGAGCGGAAGUCGAUCAUCUAGCUGAAUCGGAAGCUGUGAACCGAGGACGUUCCCACGGCUCGAAGAAUAAAUUGCUCCCAUCAGCCUUCGUGUAGGAUUGAAACAGCAUUAUUAGACGCGGCCAUGCGGUGACACCGGCGGGCGUCGUCGAAUCAGGAAAACUACAUAUCAAUUCAUAUCAUUCGGAGUCGAAGCACCAGGAAGUCCCCGCGAGGUUGCACUCGUCGGACAGCUAAUCACCAGCCGAUUCGACGUAUCGAUCUCCCGUCGCUCGACCCGAGCCGUAUCACGACAAAUGUGGGUCCAACGAUGAUCCAGACGCGAUCAAGUGAUAUCAGGUGUCGAUCGAACGGGAUCGACGGGAACGAGACACGCGACAAUCCAUUGUAACCGGAUCGCCCCGCGCGCAAACCCGAACCGAUAAACCCGAUCGAAAAAAAAUACCGGGGCCGCUGUUCUGCAUAUUCGGAGGACUGCGUGAAAUUUCAAAGGGACGAGGACCAGAGGAUCGAAGUAAAAGGAUGUUGCUGAGGUAACACGAUAUCUCGAGCCGGCUGAAAAACGAUAAGUUAAUCGAACCGUGCUCGAAAGGGAGGACACAGGGGGCGACGGAGAAAGAGAGGAAGAGGAUUCGGAGGAACGACACGUAAAAAAAAAAAAAAAAAGAAAAAGAAAUGGGUUUCCCCAGGAGGAGAUCCCUGUGGCUGAAGGUGGCCAUCCUGGUCACGGCGGUUUGGGCCACCGUGUGCUUUCUGCUUUACACGGAGGAUCGCGCCAACGCCGCUGUACAGGGAUUGGCCCCCUCUGGCGUCGCGGCGCCUCAAAUGGCCAACGGAUUCGUGCCCGUUGCUGCGCCACUCAGGAAAGAGACGCCGCUUAAUGGCCAGCCAAAGCAGGCGAAGGUUGUCCAGGCUGGUCCCGAGCAAGGCGGUGGCGUGCUCGCUGCUCCUCGUGACCAGGACUCCAGCGCGCCUGGCGAGAAUGGAAGGCCUGUUAUUCUACCAACAAACAUGACUGCCGAAAUUAAAAAACUUGUCGACGACGGAUGGCUUAACAACGCGUUCAAUCAGUACGUCAGCGACCUGAUUUCCGUUCACAGAACACUGCCGGACCCGCGAGAUCCAUGGUGCAAAGAACCUGGAAGAUAUAUGAAAGAACUGCCUCCCACAGCGGUGAUAAUUUGCUUCCAUAACGAGGCAUGGUCAGUAUUGUUAAGGACGGUUCAUUCCGUACUGGACAGAUCGCCGGAACAUCUCAUUCAGGAAAUCAUCUUGGUCGACGACUAUUCAGAUAUGCCGCACCUCCAGCGCCAGCUCGAGGACUACAUGAUGAACUACCCGAAGGUUCAGAUCAUCAGGGCGCAAAAACGCGAGGGACUUAUUAGAGCACGUUUGUUGGGAGCGGCAGCAGCGAAGGCACCAGUCCUCACAUAUUUGGACAGCCACUGCGAAUGUACCGAGGGUUGGUUGGAACCACUUCUGGAUCGGAUCGCUCGCGAUCCGACGACAGUCGUCUGUCCUGUAAUCGACGUCAUCGACGACACCACGCUGGAAUAUCACUGGAGGGAUUCCGGCGGCGUGAACGUGGGCGGGUUCGAUUGGAAUCUACAGUUCAACUGGCAUGCGGUUCCGGACAGGGAGAAAAAGAGGCACAAGAAUCCCGCGGAGCCCGUGUGGUCACCAACCAUGGCUGGUGGUCUCUUCUCGAUAGAUCGGGCAUUCUUCGAGCGCCUCGGCACGUACGACAGUGGUUUCGACAUUUGGGGUGGCGAAAAUCUCGAGCUUUCGUUCAAGACCUGGAUGUGCGGAGGUACUCUGGAGAUCGUGCCGUGCUCGCACGUGGGCCACAUCUUCCGGAAACGUUCGCCGUACAAGUGGCGUAGCGGCGUGAACGUGCUCAAGAGGAACAGCAUAAGGCUGAGCGAAGUGUGGUUGGACGAGUAUGCCAAGUACUACUACCAGAGGAUAGGUCACGACAAGGGCAACUACGGCGACGUAUCGGAUCGAAAGGCCCUGAGGAAGAAGCUGGGCUGCAAGUCGUUCAAAUGGUACCUCGACAACGUUUACCCGGAGCUCUUCAUACCUGGCGAGGCCGUGGCUUCCGGCGAGGUUCGUAAUCUCGGAGAGGGAGGCAACACCUGUCUGGAUUCGCCAGCACGCAAGGCAGACUUGCACAAACCAGCUGGCCUCUACCCCUGCCAUCGACAGGGCGGAAAUCAGAUCAGACACCUCAUUAGCAGCAUAUGUAUAGACUCGCCAGGGAAACCGGAAGACCUGCACCAACCAGUGGGUUUAUAUCCCUGUCACCGCCAGGGCGGCAAUCAGUACUGGAUGUUGAGCAAGACCGGGGAGAUCCGUCGAGACGAGUCAUGCUUGGAUUACAGUGGCACUGAUGUCAUCCUCUAUCCUUGUCAUGGUAGCAAGGGGAAUCAACAAUGGAUUUAUAAUCCUCAGACGAAGCAGAUCAGACACGGUAGCAGCGACAGGUGUCUGGCGAUCACGGAAAGCAAGCAACGUCUGAUAAUGGAGGAGUGCUCGCUGAACGCUGCCAGGCAGAGGUGGUCCGUCGAGAACUACGAUCCGUCGAAGCUGUGAUAUCGCGCCUUUUCACGCAGCCAGUCGAGAAACACCGGUCGAAGGUUCGAUCGGUCCGGUACUUGGAUGUCUGGUCCUCGUUAUUCGGUCGCCAAGACCCGUUUCGGCAGAUAGAUUCUGUGGUUUCGGGGCCUGGGCGCCUCGAAACACCGUCGACCAGACGCUCGAGAUCGACUGCGAGAGAAAAGGGACGCGAGACUUCCUCGUGAAAGUAAAUACCAGCCACGUUGAGGACGAGGCUUCCGUGCGGCGAUAACGACGAUCCGAAUCGACGAUCGUCGGCUGUAAUUACUAACUGUAAAACAGACGAAGUGCAAUAGAUACUAUCGACUUAAGGGUGAUCGAAGAGGGACUUCCCCUUCGACGAAACGCUGUAACUGAUGUACAAUGAGACGAAACGUUAGGGGUACGGUCCGCGAGCGCCUCGAAUUUUUUUGGGAAACGCUUUCGCUGGCAUUGAAGAAUUGAGAGGUUUUCCGGGGAGGUUGCGAGAAUCGGAACGAAUGGCGCUAGGAUUUUAAUAGUUUUCCUUUUUGCGUGGAUUGUUCUGAUGAUUUUAAUUUUUUUUUUGACGUUUAACUGGAAUCCAAGUUCGUUUAUUGGAUAAACGUGAGCGUUUAUAAUGAUGUUUACCCGUGAAGACGUUGAAUAUAUAUUUCUUAGGGAUUGUUUAAUUCCUUGAGCAAUGGUUACAGAGUUAGGAUCGUUAUGUUUUGCAAACUUUGAUUAACUAGAUGUAAUAAGUGUGAGAGGGUAUCGCGCACCUUUACUUACUGAUCUUAAUGAUCGAAGCAAGGUUUUUACGGCUAACCGCGUAGUUUAAGGCAAUAAUUAGGACGUGGACGAUGCGCCGAUGCGUCAAUGACAGCGAAAAGCGUGUCAGAAGGAUGUAUUAUUUAGAUUUUAUUCGGGUAUAACGGGCGAAUGCGAUUGUAUCGACUUCGAAAAGAGCCUCGAUCGUCGCGAUCGUCCGUUGGUGGUUGAUUUGAGGAGGAUCGAAUGAUGCGAGGUGCUUAUGGCAAGUGCCAUCUCAGAGACAACGAGGUGCUCCAUUGGGAAUCAACGAGUCGCCGAUGAUAGAAAAUUGAGAGUGAUUUAAAUUCAAAUAAUUUCACUGUCGAAUGGUAGGAAUGAUAAGUAAAAAUAAUUAAUCCAGAUAUCGACAUAUCAUACUUUUAAAAAUAUUUUAAAUAGGUACUGGUUUAACCAAAAUUGCAAAUAUGCAGAGUGUCUAGGACUAAAUAUUUCAUGAAUUAGAUGCCAGUUAUUAAUGUUAGCAACAUGUUGGACACGUGAGGAUUUUUGUUUAGAAUAGCGUUCAUUGAUGAUCACAUAUCAACAAAGAAACGUCUUGUUGCUUACUUCCUUAAUUGUACUUUAAAAUUAGUUUAUUUUCUUAAGUUAGCACUAGCACGGCAUUGAUUUAUGAAAAACAUAUCAAUUUAAUUUUAUAUAGGAAGUCGUGCAUUAGUGACGUUUAACUUUAACUCUUUAGAAAUUUAAAAUUUUUAAAUUAACUUAAAAUACUAUUUUCUAAUCAGUAUAAAUGAAAUUAUGAAAGUACUUGGAAUAUUUCGCAGGGGCAUUUUUAUAGAAUCGGUUGAUUACAGCCCAACUCAGAAUCGUUAUAAAAUAUCAAUCAAUCGAAUUAUAAAUAUUAUCAGCUCAAUAAAUUAGAAAUUAGUUCUGAUUUACCCGUGACGCGAGAACGUUUGAUGAACUUCUUUUAGUAAUAUGUAUAAAUAGACAAAUCUGUUACGAUUAAUCCCGUAAUUAAUUUGUAAAACACAAUUAAAUAUGGUGCUUGUUGGGUAAGAGGAAAAACCACAUUAGGAGGCCAAAUUAAUUUUUUCUUCACUUUGAGAAUAUUUUAGGCAUGUUUUAAAGUACAUUUGGUAAUUUUUCCAGAGAAACCUUUAAGCUGUUCCCUAUUUUGUUAUCUGAAAGCAACGAAAUUUUUUUGCUUAUAUUGCCCACAUGUUUCCUAAAAGUAUAAACUAAACUGCGGUCAAAAAAGUUGAAAAAUUGAAUUUUUUAGAAGUGCUUCAAGGAAGUGCUUUAAAAGAUGUUUGGUUCAUAUCCAAGGCAUUUAAAUAAAGUAAACGCAUGUGAAGUUUCCAAAUUGUCAUUCUUACGGAUUGGAGAAAUGUGCUUUCGAAAAUAACGCGAUAUCUCAAAGAUUUUUGUUUGAAAUGAUUUGUAAAUAUUACUAUACGUGCGUCAAAACGUACCUAAAAUAUUCUCAAAAUUAAAAAAACUUUAAAUAAAUUCUUCUAUAUAAAAAAAAAAAAUAUCCCAAGAAACACUUAAUACUUGGCCCCCUCAUUUCCUCCCUUAAUGAACGAUGCAAAUUUAUGAAUUCGACCACCAUCGUGUGAAUCAAAAUUUUAAUAUAUCCAUCUAUAGACGACUCGUUGAACACCCGUUGUCUCUCUGUCGUAUUCUCUGCGCUUACGGUAGUAUCGUACAUUCCAAGAUGGAAAUCAGGAUGAUUUCAAGUCCGCGGGCGAUGGGUGGAACCCUUUUUCUAAUUAAUUUAACCCGUACGUAGUGCGUAGGGACAGAACGCGGACGAGUAAAGGUACACAUUCCGGUACGGUGUAGGACGACUUUUGUACAUUCGUGUAAAGUAUCUUGAUGCCAGUUUAGAUACCGCCUAAAGUAAGAUUCCGAGUGUAUGUGCGAGAGUAAAUAAUUUGCAGUGCACGUGACCUUGAAUCACGAGUUCUCGAGCAGUAUUCGUGCAACCCUUUGUUGCCUGUUACUCUUCCAAUCAAUUUAAUGAAAAAGUUGUCAGAGAAAUGAUAUUUGCUCUAACCAGAGAUGGGCAUAUUUCUUACCUAGAUACAAAUUUUCAAUGGCAAGAAAGAAGAUGGACAGCGUUUGUUUAGAUAAAAUUACAAUUUGCAAUAUAAACAUUACCGUCUACCUAAGACUUGAGAAUAUAUUUUUAUAAAUUUGACUCAUUGUCAUAACAGGCAGAAAAGAUUUAGUUACCAUUGGUGUAUCUUCUAACCCUGUCGAAGUAGUAUCGAUCUUCAGUUCUAGUAACAAAAGUGACAUCUAGUCUUUAUCCGUUAAAAGUUUUCCCGAGCCAUAGGUUACCAUUGGUCGGGGGAGAAUCAACUGGUUGCUCAAGGCCACUGUCCCCCACCAUGCAAUUUGAUUACCCACCGUGUCUCUUAGACCAAUCGAUGUGUUAGUAUCGUGCAAAAGUGGGAGACACGUGUACCCUAUAUUGGAGAGAGUGACCUUGACCGAACGAUUUAUUUUGGUCUGUCUAUGUCUACAAUAGGAUUGCCCCCAUAAUCUUUUAUGAGUUUCUUGUCUAAUGAUAUUUCUAUCAUCAAUAUAUACCAAGAAUUUUAGUUAGAAAAUUAAUCUAGUUAAAGAAAUUCGCCAAUCAUACAGAAUCUUAAUUUGAGCAAAUAAAAGGAAGCACAAGUUUAACAGCAUUAAUUUUAAUUUCUCUUUAACCCUCUAUAAAUGUUACUCUGAGAUCACAUACUCGUAUAUCUAUAUUUUUUAAGACUGAUUUCAUCUUCUUCAUCUUGUUACAACUGUAGAGCAAUAGUAUGGCCAUCGAGAAAUCUGUUCAAUGUAGAUGUUAGUUAAAUCUUCUCACACCAA